AUGGAUUUGGUUGCUAGUGUACGCAAAGAAGGCAGCCGCGGCGGCCGCAAUGAGUUCAAAUGGUCCGACGUUCAAAGUUCCGCCCAUCGCGAGAACUACCUAGGCCAUUCAGUGAUGGCCCCAGUCGGCAGAUGGCAACAAAAUCGCGAUCUUGGCUGGUAUGCCAAGGGAGACGAAGACGAGCAAGAACGAAUCCGCAAAGAACGAGAGGAACUUCAACGUGUCAAGGAGGCUGAGGAGGAGGCAAUGGCCAUCGCUCUGGGACUUCCCGUCCCCCCGAAAGCAUCCGAGAACGCCAACAUGGUUCCUCUAGGAGGUUCCACUAGGAAAAGGACCACCGCUCGAGUCACCGACACAGACGUGAGCGCACCCGAAGCCCGCGGCGGGAAAGACGACAUGAACGAGGGGAUGACCAUACACGUGACAAGGACCGGAGACACCACAGACAUCAUGACGAUCGAGAGCGCCAUCAUCGCAGCCAUCGUCACAGAUCACGAUCUCGCGGUCGAGACCACCACAGACGGCGCUCGGUCUCUCGUUCUAGAAGUCGACCCAGCCGCAAAGAUGAGGAACACCAGAAACGACGACGGAUGGAGCGCAGCUACUCACCAGCUGAGCGCCGGCGACACCCCGAACGCAGACGAGACCGAGACGACUAUGAUCGCCGCCAUUGAGCUACAAACUAGGGCUAUAAAUUGA